AUGGACAAGUUCUACGGCAGUUGGACCCAAGAGUCGUGCGACAAUGUCGACGCGUUCCUAUGCGCUCUCAAAAUCAGCUUCUUUCUACGCACGGCUGCCAAGACGCAGACACCCACGAUUGAGUUCUCUGCCGAGGGCGACGUCAUCACCUUCAAGACCAUGACUACCUUCAAGACGGACCAGGUCCAGUUUGAGCUGGGCAAGGAAUUCGCCGAGAAGAGACUGGACGGCGUCAUGGUCCAGACCACGGCCGUUCUUCAGGACGACGCCUUGGUCUUCCACAAGGAGGGCGACAAGCCGUACACUGUGACCUUUUCCCUCGAGGGCGACAAGCUCAAGGUCGAAUACGUCAUUGGCAACGUCGUGGCCACUCGCACAUUGACCAAGAAUUGA